AUGUCUAAUGAAUUGUUUCGUUUGGAAUCUUUCCGGCCUUGGAAUCCCAAUGAGAAGGCAUUCUCUCGGCAAGGCCCUCUGGAUGUUCCUCGCUACCCAAGUCCUGUCUCUCUCAACGUCACGCCAUCUCCAAACAAUCCAAAGGACUCGACACUCCAUUCCCGGAUCCCUUGCACCCCGCAGCCUGAGCGACAUCCCCUUCCGAAGCCGGAUUUGAGUAGCCAGAUAUCGCCUGGCAAUCAAGAAUCGGAAAACUUCGAAUUUGAGGAAAUUUUGCAUUUAGAGAAUCUACCAGGCCCCGAAGACAUGGAUGGUCUAAUUUUUGAUUCCGUCGAUGAGCAUAUCGAACAGCAAGCCCGCAUUGGAUCAUGUGAAUUCGACCCUUUCUUCACGCCCGAUCAGCUUUCUCGGUCUAUGGCAUUCCAAAAGUCAACCCCAUCAGAGAUGGAAGAUUCCGCAAGUGAUUUGACCAUAGAUCCGGCGAUGUUGGAGGACCAACAUUACCGAGCUGGAGAACAUCAGAACACCAUAGAAUCUGCACCUACUUGCACAAUCCGCCAGGCAGGCUUCACCGCGGACAAUCAUUCCUCGCAUACAGAUAAUGGCAGUUCUCGUGGCAGACGGUGUCACUUGCCGAAGGUGACCGAUCCUGGACGGCGGUCUUCCAAAAUUCAGAAAGUCUCGGUCGUCAUCAGCAAUCGUCCAAAAGAAAAGCACGGAAAAUCGACUCAACGCCCCGGUCAUCAGGAAGCUUCAUUGUCCACAAUUCUUGCGCAAUUUUCCGCACUUAAAGCGGAGGAUCGACUACAAUUCUUGUCUUGGCUGUUUGAGAGUGCAUUGUCUCGCUGUGUGCCUCGCCCAGAGAAAGUCAACACGAAUUCACGAUCCAUGCCAAGUGACAAGGUGACUUCAUCCCGGAAUCAAAAUGCCUCAGCUAACUCAUGCUCAUCGCGAAAACGCCUGCGUUACUCUGCGGAGGAAGAUUGCCUAUUAGUAAAACUCAAAAAAGAGCAAGGCCUCCCAUGGGAAGAAGUAAUUCGGCAUUUUGACGAAAAGUACCCUGGGAGGAGUCCGCAGUCUAUCAAGGUGCAUUGGAGUACAAAACUAUCCAGGAAAAAGUCGUCUGGACUGUGA